GCUUCCUUCGAGUAGGCCGCCAGACGACCUCUGCAACUGCCAACACCUUUAAGACAAAAAAACUGUCGUAGAACGCUGCUGGGAGGAUGCGGAUUCACACGUGUUAUUUCUGCUCCGGGCCAGUUUACCCUGGUCAUGGUAUUAUGUUCGUCCGAAACGACGCGAAAGAGUUUCGGUUUUGCCGCAGUAAAUGCCACAAAAACUUUAAGAUGAAGCGUAAUCCCAGAAAGGUCGCUUGGACAAAGGCCUACCGUAAGGCUCACGGCAAGGAAAUGGUGUAUGAUCAAUCUCUGGCCAUCACUGCUGCUCGUCGUAAUGUCCCUGUUCGCUACGACAGAAACCUCGUUGCUACUACUCUGAAGGCUAUGAAACGCGUAACCGAGGUGCAUUCCAAGAGAGAACGUCUCUUCUUCAAAAAGAGAAUGGCCGGAAAACGCGACCAAGAAGUUCGCGAAGCUCAACGUCUCGUGCAACAAAAUGUUCCUCAGUUCGCCGAGGCCGUCGAGGAAGAAGAAAAGAUGGACGAAGUUCCUCAAAUUCUCGCCGAACCCGAAGAGAUGGAACAAACCACUACUGCUGCUCCCGGCAAGGUACCGGUUUUGGUUUCGACGAAAAAACGCAAAAACAAGAACGCUGCUUCAGGUUCCUCCGCUAUGGACCUGGAUUAGUUGUGUCUCGAAUCUCACUUGGCUGUUUAUUGGGAAUUUUUGGUACAUUCAGUAAUGCAAUUGUCUUCCGGUAGGGUAUAAUCAAAUGUGGCGGUAGCUGUAAGUUGAAUUGCUAAGA